CAUUUGCUCCCUGCACGGUUUGGCAUGGGGGUAAAUUUUGACUUGUGUCUGAGGUAUCUGUUAGCUUUAUUCCUGUGAUUUCAACCUCUCCUUGUCAGUCUAGGCCGAGCCAAGGGCUCCAGCAUGGCCCCAACAACAAGCCGCUCGAUCUUCGGGACUAUCUUCUUCUCAACAGUGUCUCUGGCCUGUUUUGUUUACUGUUUUGCCUCCGUCUUCAAGUUGGCUUUGUUUCUGUCAACCGACCUUCUGGGCAAAGAUUCCCUCAAAGGAGGACCUGCCAGCAGCCACGAUCAGAAAGAUGGAGAUGGAGACUUCCUGUCCAACCCUCUGGUUCAGGAUGUGGGUCUCCUCCUGCUGUUCCCUCUGCAGCACCUGGUCAUGACCUCCUGGCUGGUCAAACGUCUGCUGUCCGCUGUCCGGCUGGACGUCGUGGAGCGAUCCCUGUACGUGGCAUCCACCGCGCUGGUGCUGCAGGUAGCCAUAGACAACUGGAAGACUGUUGGAGUGUCUGACCCUUUCUGGGACUUCCCUGUGAAAACCAGCCAGUUCCUGUGGUUAGUGUUCACGCUGGUCCACAUCUUCGGCUGGCUGUCCAUCUCUGGUUCUGCUGUCAUCCUGGACUAUCCUGAGAUGAUGGGUGUCAAACAGGCCUAUUACUAUGCCUUGGGACUAGAUGACCCACUAAGCAUUAAGUCAGAGAGUGUGCGACAGUUCUACAGCAACAAUAGGCUCCCCAUCUUCACUGGUGUGAUGAUGGUGGUGUGGCUCAUCCCCUGUAUGACCCUUGACCGACUGGUCCUGGCAGCAUUCUGGACCCUGUACCUGCUGCUGUGGCAGAGCCUGUCCGUCAACGACUACGUCUACAUGUGUGUCAUGCUGGAUCGGAAGAGGGAGGCUCUGCGCGCACGUCUGACCAUUCCCAGCAUCCUCUUCUUCCUCCUGCGGACAAGCCUGAUCGUAGUGACGCUUGCAUGUGUUGCCGUUGUACUGUACCUCAUCACCUGUUUGUACAUGUGGCUCCUUGUACCCAUUGUUAUACUGUCUGUGUUUACUCUGUUUGCCCUGUAUCAUGCCAUCACAAAUUCAGGACCUUCAACAGGGAUAUCAACUCAUUUGGGUGAAUCUGUAGUCAUUCUAGUCUCUGCUACUGCUCUGGCCCUAGGCGUCCUGUACCCCCAGUUUUGGCCAGCCUUCUGGGCUGGAGUCGCUCUGCUCUGGUGUUUAGCAAGGAGUGCAGGGUCCUCCCUGUCAACACAGGUCAUCGUCAUGCUGUUGUCAGGCGGGGCGGCUGUGUAUCUAGGCGUGUACUACCAACUGUGGUGGGCUGCUGUCUGGGUGGGAGUCUCGAUGCUGUGUUUCCUGGCAAAUCAGGUAGGGGUCUCUUUUUCAGGUUCCACCUCCCCAGCAGCCGGUGUCUUGACCCUUGCUUCUGUUGCCUCAGCACUGCUAGGUUACCUGUAUGGUCAGUGGAUCCCAGCUGCAGUGAUGGCUGCAGUCGUGGCUCUACUGCUCCUGAGGCAGUUUGGAGUCUCUGGUGUUUCAGUAAGAACCUUCUCACUCCCAAUUGCUGCCUUACUCACUCUGCUCUUGCUCACAGCUCUAGUAGCAUCCAUUGCUGUUGGUUUUCUCUAUGGGGAUUGGAUCCCGGCUGGUGUUGCUGGGGUUCUAGCUGCAGGAGCUCUUGCCAAACAACACGGCCUUACCUCCACACCUACAUUCUCUUUGGAGACAAUCCUACUACUGGUUGCUGCAGCUUCAGCUUCAGCUGUGGCUAUCGGUGUUCUGUACUCCCAGUGGAUCCCUGCAGCAGUUGUGGCUGUAAUAGCAGCAGGAGUGGUUGCAAAGCAGCAGCAAUGGGUCUCCUUCCCUGAAACAUCCCCUGCAGGAAUCGCACUGCCAUUGUUGCUCCUUGCAGCUGUAGUUGGUACUGCAGCUGUUGGAGUUAUGUAUGCCCAGUGGAUUCCUGCUGCCAUUGCUGGUACCUUACUUGUUGUGUAUGGUAUCUAUCAGGCUUCAUCUAUUUCUCCAUCCUCUGCAGCUUCGCUAAAGACUGUCUUGCAGCCUCUGAUGCUUCUGCUCUCUGCAGUUGGAUCAGUAGUAUUAGGAGUGUGGUAUGCACAGUGGCUCCCUGCAGCACUUGUGGGUGCACAUGGCUUACUAUAUGCUAUUUAUUGGCUGGGAGGCUCUUUCUCACUUCCCUCACUUCCUCGCAAGACUUUUCUGCUAUUUCUGUUGUUCCUGCAUACGGGUGCCGCAUCAGUAGCAAUUGGGGUGUUAGUUGGACAGUGGAUCCCGGCAGCUGUUGUUGGUGCAGGAAUUGUUACAUCUGUUGUCUAUCAGCUUGUACAGACUUCCUCACUUUCCUCUGCCCCUUCAGAGCUAGCAUUGCAGCAGCUUUCUUUGCUAGCCCAGGUUGGGACUAUAGUGCUUGGAGUUUUGUACUCUCAGUGGAUUCCUGCUGGCAUUCUUGGUGUGUUGGUCCUGGGCUAUUUUUUUAAAAACUUGGGGCUAGGCUUCUCUCUCCCUGAAAUGCCUGCAGUGGCUGCUAGACGUUACUUGAUACCGCUCACACUGCUGCUGGCUGCAGGAAGUUCUGCAGCUGUAUGGGCCCUGUACGGUCAGUGGAUCCCUGCAGCCAUCAUUGGUGUGCUUGCUACUGGUUACCUCCUCAAGCGAACUGCUGCACUGGAGUCACUUCCCUCAGUGGCUGCACCCUCCAGAGCUUCUCUGCUGCCAGGCCUACUGCUCACUGCUGCCAUCAGUUCUGUAGCUGUUGGUGUUUUGUAUGGCCAGUGGAUACCGGCUGCUGUUUCUGGUGUCAGUGCUCUCGGCUAUGUCGCCAGCAGGCGUGGCUUGACACUUCCGUCUCCAUCAAGUGCAUCGCUGCUCCAGACUGCCCAAGCUGGGCUGCACGUCCUCAUACCUGUGGGUGCUGUUGCAGUUGGGGUUGUGUAUGGAGUGUGGAUUCCUGCCGGCAUUGUUGGUGUACUGUUUGUAGUACACGGAGCUCAUCAUUAUGGGCUAACUUCUAGACUUCCUACCAUGUCUACUGUUCCAUACGUACCAUUACUCCUUCUACUGGCACUUGCUGGAUCCAUAGCAGCAGGCCUCCUGUAUAGUACCUGGAUCCCAGCUGGAGUUGUAGGGGGUCUAACUGUAGGCUACAUAGUCAAGAAAAGUGGGCUGACAGCCUCCCUGCCUUCUCUGCCUAACCCAUCUCUGCCUGCCCUCUCCACUAUUCCACUCUCUGCAGUGGUGUUCCUGCUUGCUGCAUCAUCUGCCAUUGCCAUAGGAGUUCUGUAUGCUCAGUGGAUCCCUACAGGCAUUGUUGGUGUCCUGAUGCUUGCUUACAUAGCUUACCACAGGGGCCUUUUCCAAUCUUUACCAUCAAUUUCGCUCCCACCACGGCCUAACUUCCCAUAUCGGCCUGUAAGCCUGUUUCUUGGAGCUGCCUGUUCUCUUGUCGCCAGCUCUCUAGCCAGUUCUGGUGCAGGAGCUGUCUAUGUACCGUGGAUACUAGCUGGAAUUGUUGCUGUAGUUGUGGGGUAUCUUGCUUGGAAGUACCUCCUCCCUGCAGUAUCGCAGACAUCCCUUCCCCAUGUUCCCAGGGGUGCUGUCAUCCUGGUGCUAGGAGCUGCAGCAGCACUGGCUGCAGGCAUUCUGUAUGCCCAGUGGAUUCCUGCAGCAGUUGUUUGUGCUCUAGCUGCAGUCUUUGUCACCAGAAAGGUUUGGCCAACAGUUCCAACUCUUGCAGCCAUACCACGACCAAGUCUUUCCUCUCCAUCCCUUGCAGUUGGCAGUCUUACUUUGGGCAGUGCCAGUGCUGUAGCAAUCGGGGUACUGUAUUCUCAGUGGAUCCCCUUAGGGGUAGUUGCUGCUCUAGGAGUGACUUACAUACUUGGUCAGAAGGGAGUCUUUGCUAGAGUUCCAAAACUGACACCUUCCUUUUCCUUCUCCAAAGAUGUUCUCAUCCUUGUGAUUGCAACCAUGGCCUCUCUGCUGCUUGGCUACCUUUACAACCAGUGGUGGUCAGCCAUCGCUGCAGGUGUAGCCGUAUUGUGGUAUGUGACCAGAAAGAUGGGAGUUAGUGCUUCUCUGCCUAGCCUGACCCUUCCCAAGCCGUCCUUGCCCAAACUCAACAUGUCUCGGACUCUUGCUGAAGUGAGUUUACUCUCUGCAGCCACAGUGUCCUCUGUACUUCUGGGUGUCUACUAUGGGCAGUGGAUUCCUCUUGCCUGUUCAGGGAUAGCAGUAACAUGGUAUGUCCUCAGGAACAAAGGAGUCCAAGUGUCUCUACCUGCUGGUCUCCAACUGGAUCCAUUGGCUCAGUCUCUCACUGCAACCACACUCAUCUUCCUCUCUCUGGCUGUACUGUUUGAGGCCUGGUUAAUCGUAUGGGCAACCCUGGUUGCUCUCGCUGUGAUCAUUGUGUCAAAAACUACCAACCUGGUCUCUUAUGUCAAGUCGAUCGAAGUGCGAGCCCUUCUGUCUACACUUGGCACACGUUUCAGAGAAGCCUACACCUGUGCCUCUACCAUGGAUGUCCUGAAUGGCAGCCUGUGGUACGAGAGGCUGUCCCGGUAUGCUGUGGUUGUGGGGAUGGUCCUGGCAUGCCUGGCUGUGGCGUGGCGCUUCUCGGCACUCGAGAUGUCGAUGGUUCUGGUGGCCCUGUUGUUGACAGCACAGGUGGCUGACCACUAUAGGUGGGGGACAGAUGGGAUAAGGGUAGCGGCAGAGCAGGAAACUCAGUGAAAAAUCUUUCCUCGUUAACCAUUCAUUCAGGAAAACGCAAGGAAAACCAAUUUUACUUUAACUCAAAGGCCAUUUUUACACUGUUUUUCUCAUCUGUUUGUAUCAAAGGAUUCAAAGCAAUACUAGUAUACUAUCUUAAUAAAUAGAACAUUUUUCUACCAUUUACGAAAAAAACUGCAUCUAAAUCACAGCAUAGUAAAAGUGAAGUUGGUUUGACUUUCCACUUUCAGACCAAACAUGUUCCACUCUCAGGGCAUUCACUGUUUAACAUGGCUUCUUUUAAUUAGGGGUUUUUAUCGUAUUCUACAAGAGUUUGUUAUCUCUAUAUAUUAGUAAAUUUUUCUAAAAGGUGGGCAUGACUAGUAAUGUUAGAAAUUUGGUGAUGGCAUGUUUUUACAUUUUUAAGACAGUUUAUACUU